AUGUCAAAUGCGGAGCAGCCAAGCCCAAAAGAGCCGACAUCUCUUUGUGUGUGCAGGUCUUGGCGCGGCGUCAAAGAGGAGAGCCCCGAGCCACGCCUCCACUGUGAGGCUCCUCUCCCAUCUUCAACUGCUUCAGCAUCUCCUGGGCUCCAUCUAUCUUUUCUACCCCGGCUUUGCACCCUGCCAAUUAAUUCAUCACAGAUCCUAAUCAUCAACAUGCUUCUUCUCGAGUAUCACAACUUGCUGCUGAAGUCGAUCCUAACUGAGCGAUUCAAUAGUGCAACUGCAGCCUCAAUCGAUCAGGUCAUCUCCGACUUUGACGGAGUAACAUUUCACAUUUCCACUCCGGAGACUAAAUCUAAGAUACUUGUCUCCAUCUCUGUUAAAUGCUAUCCAGAUCUCCUCCGGCAUGGAGCCCAACAAGUCCUUGAACGAGAGUAUGGACAGCACAUCACUGAAACGGAAACUGGAUAUGACUUCUCCUUGAUGGUUGAUUUGGAAAAUCUCCCGGCGGAACAAGAAGCUAAGGAAGACCUAGUCCGUCGCAUAUCGCUGUUGAAACGUAAUACUAUGGCAGCACCUUUUGAAAAGGCUAUCGAUGAGCACCACCGUCUCGCGGAAGCCUCUAAGGGAUUCAAUCCCGAGAAUGCACCUACAGGGGAGGGGACCGAGGUUAUGGUUAUUCGAUAUAGAGAAGAGGAAGCGAUGUACAUCCAAGCCUCGCACGAUCGCGUUACAGUUAUUUUUAGUACGGUAUUUCGGGAGGAGACAGAUAGGAUAUUCGGGAAGGUGUUCCUGUCGGAGUUUGUGGAUGCUCGACGGCGGGCUAUUCAGAAUGCGCCUCAGGUUCUUUAUCGAAAUGAUCCGCCGUUGGAGAUUCGUAAUAUUCCGGGGGUGAAGGAUGACGGAACUGGAGAUAUUGGAUAUAUUACUUUUGUCCUCUUCCCCCGCCAUCUCACUCCUCAACGAAGGGAGGAAUCCAUAUCCCACAUCCAGACAUUCCGUGAUUACUUCCACUACCACAUCAAGGCUGCAAAGGCAUACAUGCAUUCCAGAAUGCGCCGCCGCGUGGCAGACUUCCUUAAAGUCCUCAACAGAGCCAAGCCCGAAGUCGAGGAAUCAGAAAAGAAAGAGAAGAAGACUGCCAGCGGAAGGAGUUUCCGUGUUCAAACCUAGGCUUUUUUAAACAUUUUUUCCUUAAAGUUUUAGUGACCAUGUGUUCUUUGCCCCUUGAUAUGUGAAUGUGUUUACGGGGUGGAUUUGGAGGAAAAAAAAGAGAAGGGUUUUUGUAAAGGGGGGGAAACUACUGUAGUUGAUAUCCUAUUUCUCUCUUUAAAGGCUGAUGCCGGGUUUUAUAAUGGUUUGAGAUGUUGGUAGAAUUGGAAAUCCUGACCCUGUGCCUGUUGGGUGGUCUGCUGA